AUGGUGAGAGGCCCCUUCUAUGACAAGAAUGGAUUGAAGAAAGGUGCAUGGACUCUAGAAGAAGAUUAUAAGCUAAAAAGUUUUGUUCAGAGAUAUGGCCACUCAAAUUGGUGCAAACUUCCCAAGCUCGCGGGUUUAUCAAGGUGUGGCAAGAGUUGCAGGCUGCGUUGGGUUAAUUACCUCCAACCAGGAGUAAAACGCGGAAACUUCACCAAAGAAGAAGAGGACUUAAUCAUCAAGUUCCAUGAAGAAGCUGGAAACAAAUGGUCUAUGAUUGCUAGAAAUUUACCUGGACGAGCAGACAAUGAGAUAAAGAACCAUUGGCACACACACCUAAAGAAGAAUGUAAAGCAAAAUCCAAAAACAUGUGAGGUGAAGGAGCAAAGUGAAACUUCACAAUUAUGCAAAGCCAAGGAAAAUAGAGAAUCAGAAAGUGAAAGUCUUCAUGCCAGUGAUUAUGCUAGUGCCCACUACCAUAUCUUAGAAAGCUCUCCAUUGUCCCCAGAAGUAUCUUCUGCUAAAUUCUCCUCCUUAGGCAGUACUGAUCAUUCACCUAAACCUGGCAUAAAUUGGAUUGAAGAAGACAGUCUUGCUUCAUUUGAAACAUUUGAAGAAGCCUUUGGAGACUUUUGGACUGAACCAUUUGUAGCAGACUACACGUAUAUCCCAGAUGAGUUUCCAAUAUCCCAAUAUAUUUCAUACUAUGACGACGGCAUUGGUAUAGAUUUAUUUGACCAAGUGAUGCAGUUACAAACAGCUACCUUAAUCAAUAACAGAUACGUGAAAGUGAUCAUGCAGUCAAGUUUUGCACUUGCUUCAAUAUACUGCAGGAAGUAG